AUGCUCGUCACUGUCGCUCCGGCGAGCACCAAGACCGGCACGGCUGUGAUCCGCUCCCUAUUGACCAGUCCAGACGCCGGCGUUGACAUCCAAGCAAUCUACCGAGACACGGCCAAGGCACCGGUUGAAUUCACCACCCUGUCCAACUUCAAAGCCGUCCAGGGCGACAUUGCGGAUGGGGCGUCUCUCAACUUGGACGGCUCAGAUGUCGUCGUUGCGAUUACGCCGCCCGUCUUUGACAGCAGCGACAUCGUGGCCACCGCGAGGCAGCGCUCCGAAAACGUGAAGAAUGCGAUUGAAAAGGCGGGCACAGUCAAGAAGCUCAUCCUCUUGAGCAGCAUCGGCGCUCAAUUCAGCAGCCGUGUCGUGCGUCUCGUCUCCCCCACGCGGCGGUGCAUUCUACCGCCACCGCCGCUCAUUGGCUUCCACGGCUGA